UGUUUUGGGUUGAAGUUGAGGCUGAGGAGAGAGAAGACCUAGCGACGAUUAGUCGCCGCCGCCGCCGGCGCCGCGGGAGGUGGAGGAGGCCCAGCCGGAGUGGAGCGGUCUUUCCUCCUCGCCGACGGUCCCUGGCCGACGGUCCCUGCCCGCCGCUCCUCUGCUUCCUCCCGGUCCCGGAACUCCCGGGCCUGCCCGGGGCCCCUCGUCUUUGCACUCCGCUCGCCGCAGCGCCCGGCCCCGGCCGCACCCGCCGGCCUCAUGAGGAGGGACGUGAACGGAGUGACCAAGAGCAGGUUUGAGAUGUUCUCAAAUAGUGAUGAAGCUGUAAUCAAUAAAAAGCUUCCCAAAGAACUCCUGUUACGGAUAUUUUCUUUUCUGGAUGUUGUUACCUUGUGUCGCUGUGCUCAGGUCUCCAGGGCCUGGAAUGUUCUGGCUCUGGAUGGCAGUAACUGGCAGCGAAUUGACCUGUUUGAUUUCCAGAGGGAUAUUGAGGGCCGGGUCGUGGAGAAUAUUUCAAAACGGUGCGGGGGCUUUUUACGAAAGCUGAGUCUGCGUGGGUGUCUCGGAGUAGGAGACAAUGCACUACGGACCUUUGCACAAAACUGUAGGAACAUUGAAGUACUAAAUUUAAAUGGGUGUACAAAGACUACAGAUGCUACAUGUACUAGCCUUAGCAAGUUCUGUUCCAAACUCAGGCACCUUGACUUGGCUUCCUGUACAUCAAUAACAAACAUGUCUCUAAAAGCUCUGAGUGAGGGAUGUCCACUGUUGGAGCAAUUGAACAUUUCCUGGUGUGACCAAGUAACCAAGGAUGGCAUCCAAGCGCUAGUGAGAGGCUGUGGUGGUCUCAAGGCCUUAUUCUUAAAAGGCUGCACACAGCUAGAAGAUGAAGCUCUCAAGUACAUAGGUGCACACUGUCCUGAACUGGUGACAUUGAACUUGCAGACUUGCUUACAAAUCACAGAUGAAGGUCUCAUUACUAUAUGCAGAGGGUGCCAUAAGUUACAGUCCCUCUGUGCCUCCGGCUGCUCCAACAUCACAGAUGCCAUCCUGAAUGCUCUAGGUCAGAACUGCCCACGGCUUAGAAUAUUAGAAGUGGCAAGGUGUUCUCAAUUAACAGAUGUAGGCUUUACCACUCUGGCCAGGAAUUGCCAUGAGCUUGAAAAGAUGGACCUGGAAGAGUGUGUUCAAAUAACAGAUAGCACAUUAAUCCAACUUUCCAUACACUGUCCUCGACUUCAAGUAUUGAGUCUGUCUCACUGUGAGCUGAUCACAGAUGAUGGAAUUCGUCACCUGGGGAAUGGGGCCUGCGCUCAUGACCAGCUGGAGGUGAUUGAACUGGACAACUGCCCACUAAUCACAGACGCAUCCCUGGAGCACUUGAAGAGCUGUCACAGCCUUGAACGGAUAGAACUCUAUGACUGCCAGCAAAUCUCACGGGCUGGAAUCAAGAGACUCAGGACCCAUUUACCCAAUAUUAAAGUCCACGCCUACUUCGCACCUGUCACUCCACCCCCAUCAGUAGGGGGCAGCAGACAGCGCUUCUGCAGAUGCUGCAUCAUCCUAUGACAGUGGAGGUGGUCAACCUUGGCGAACUGAGUAUUUAAUGACACUUCUAGAGUUAUCGUGGAGUCUCCAGUGGAAGCAAUCCCAGUGUUCUGGGCAAGGGUUACAAAGUGAGGCAGCGUCCAGAGCCACACAUACAUACACAUACCCACCCACUCUAGCUCUGUGACUGAGGGACUGAAGAUCGUGCUGACUUUAUCAAGUGGAUUGGUAAAACUUAACCAUUCCUGUUGGACGUACCCAGAAGAAAAUCAUAGGCAAGGUAGGGGGAAGGGGGCAUUCCAGCAAACCCAGUGUUACUGCUACUAUGGUUUCUUUAUUUUAUUAAGGGGUUUAUUUGGUGAUUUUGGAACAGCAACUGCAGUUCUCCAGGGUCAAGGAAAGCAUAGAAAAAAACAAUAUAUGUUGUAUCCAGGGACCAGAAAGAAAAUUUCUUUGCAUCCUAUAAAUGGUAGCCAUCCAUUGUGAGGUGACUACAGAGCUUCUCUGCUUCCUUGUUCCCAUGCCAACAUGCUGAGCAUGCUCACAAAGAAGGCUCCUCCAUUCCGCCUCCUGUUUUAGUAUUUGGCCCAGAGGUUUCCUAAAUGGUUGCAUUGAAAUCGCUGUGGUCCAAAUGUGAUUACUUGCUCACUCAAAUUGUCACUGUCUCUAGCACACUUGUGCACCUGUUGUCCUCUGUUACUCCCUCCUGCAUUCUUGCUCAGUCUGUCAUCUGUUCAUAGUCUGCUUACUCACACUCAGUUGUUACUCUUUUGCUGUUGUUGUGUUUACAGUUUGCAUUUUGGAUGAUUAGUUGGGGUUACCAAACAUUUUUAAAAGAGACAUUAUCAAUAAAUAUUUUUUUAAUUCUAAAUUUCA